AGCUUUGCUCCACUCUAUUUUACGCACUCUGUGGUACACCACUCUGACUACACUCAACGCUUAAAGCUCCGCCCAUCCACUGACAACCGCGGUUGCUGUACCAGAAGCUCGCGAAAAAAUGCCCACAGUCUGAAUGUUCUAAUCGUUGUCUGUGCAUUACUAGAAACUCGGUACAAAAAUAACACACGUUCAUGCGGAAUACAUGGCCACGAAGAACGAUGUGGGAUUAAUAUACACCAAAAAGAUGAUUACCCUUAUAAGAUAACGACAGUGAAAUCUAUAGUGCAAACAGCAAAAAUGAAUAAGAAUACAAACACUACUUCGAACUUGACAGAGUUCGCUCCACUAAGCCCAGAAGAAAGUCAGCCAGGCGUCGCGUCGUUAUUUUCCAAGUUUUUCAAUUUCACCAGAGGAUCAACAGUUAACGAUGAGUCAUUGACUUUACCCAAUAACGAUGAACAGAGUUUGUCGGGUGAAUCUAAGUCUUGGAAGCAAUCGAACAGUACGGAAGAAGCUCCUGAAGACGACAGCUUAGGUAUCCUGAAUUUGACGAUGGAUGCUGCUGAAGGACGUAGCUUGCCAAAUGUCUUGAAACGUAUCAGCAAUAUCGUUGCCCUGAAAAGCAAUAACUUACAAUCUUACAAAGAUACACAACUCAGAAGUUAUUGGAUGCCCGAUAGUGUUAGUAAACAAUGUUAUGAGUGUGGUGAACGUUUCACUACUUUUCGUAGGAGGCAUCACUGCCGUGUUUGUGGUCAGAUUUUUUGUUCAAGAUGUUGCUCCGAGGUGAUUCCUGGCAAGAUUAUGGGCUGCACCGGAGAUUUGCGGGUGUGCACGUAUUGUUGUAAAGUUGUCUUGUCUUACUUACAAUCUUCCGAUAUGGGGGCAGAUUUAACAGCAGAUCUCAGAGCACUGCAAGAAGAUUUACAAGUCAAGUAUGGCAGUGACACAACACCUGUCACCCAAAGACGUAUCAACAAUGAUGCAGACCCUGAAAUACAAACUAGGAGGAAAACUAGUGUGGGUUAUAUGGAAGAAAAGUAUGCUUCAGGACGUUCUUCGAACUGCUACUUAUCAUCCGAAGAACGAGCGGCAGUUUUACGGAAUUCAGCGUCUCUAAGGAUGAUUUAUGAAGAGAUAUUCCGAUCUAGCCAAGCUAUUUCAUUACAGACUCACAGACUUCGCUUACGCAGUUAUUCCAAUUGCUUCCUAGGUAGCGAAUUAGUGGAUUGGAUGAUUUCUCAAAAUAAAGCUGCAACUCGUGUCCAAGCAACAGCAAUUGGUCAAGCCAUGCUCGAGGCAGGAUUCAUAGAAAGCGUCCUUGCAGAUAAUGCGUUUACAGAUAGCCAGGCCAUUUAUAAACCAUUGAAACCAACACGAGUACAAGUAGAUUCUGAGUUUUUAGGAGAGACACGAACAAUCUGUGAUGCCCAAGAGCCUGCGUGGGUGAAAACCAUUCCUCAGCAUGAUUCUACAACAGAUUCUGAAAGUGAAACUAAACAGCCAAGUUCAGCACUACCUACAGUUGGUCGAUUACCUUCAUCCAGUUCUAGUUUUUACCUGGAUUUGAAUCUCGAAGCCUCAACGGUGAUGUUGAAACGUCCUACUUCAGAAGAACUUAGUGUGCUUUCACUUGAUGGUAGCAGUGACAACACAAUAGAGAGAAAAGAAGUCAAAUUCACGACCCACGAGUGUAAUUCUGGCGUUAGUGAUGAACUAUUAAGCGAUACAUUGGACGUCCAAGAUAAUCAGGAACAAAAUGUGUGGCACAAACCAAACAACUUGAAAACUGUUCUGGGAGAAAGCAACGCUUAUAGUAGAUUAACAAUUGCCUACAGUCAACAUGAAGAUUCCUUAGUAAAACAACUUCUGAAUAAAGAAGGCUUAUCUCAAAGCUGGUCAGAGAUGAUUCUACCCUUAGCACAUCAAAUUGUCGACCAAGUUAAGCCAAAUUUGAACCAUGACGCAGAUGAUAUGGAUAUCAGACAGUAUGUGCAAAUAAAAAAAGUACCUGGUGGUAGCAGGAACGAGUGCAGCAUUAUAUCCGGCCUUAUUUGUAGCAAAAAUGUUGCACAUCGAGGCAUGAACGCAAUGUUGGCUCAUCCCAAGAUUUUAUUACUUCAAUGCGGUCUUAUGUACCAACGCGUAGAAGGCAAAUUACUAAGUUUGGAACCUGUCAUGAUGCAGGAAAAUGAAUACUUAGGUCAUACUGUAGCUCGAAUAACAGCACUUGGUCCAGAUGUAGUGCUGGUUCAUCGCUCUGUGUCUCGUUUAGCUCAAGAUAGACUCAGAGAAUGUGGUGUCACUCUCGUUCUGAAUGUGAAGUUGAGCGUGCUUGAAAGAGUGGCAAGAUGUACCAGAGCGAAUAUUGUCAACAGCGUUGAUGCCCACAUAACUGGUCGAUGUCGUCUUGGCACGUGUAAAAAGUUCUACCUUAGAAAUUUCCCAAACGACACAAUUGGAGUGAAAACAUUGAUGUAUUUUGAGGGUUGUGCCAACCCCCACCUUGGUUCAACAAUACUAUUGCGUGGCGGAUCACUGAACGAGUUGAGAAAAGUGAAAAAGGUAACCUUAAUGAUGAUAUUUGCUGCGUACUCGUGGCGAAUGGAGCAUUCUUUUCUCAUGGAUGAAUUUGCGAUCCCUCCAUCUCCAAAAUCUGAUUCUUUCUUGGAUGAAAACCCUCAAAAAUAUUCAAUAGAUAAGGAUGAUGCAAAAGCGCUAAUACUGAAUGCAGACACAAAGAACGAUAAUGAAGUGAUUACAAUGUCAUUAAAGGACACUGAUGCUGCAUCGUUGCAAAUAUGCAAACAGUACAGCAAUAAAUUAGUACUCUCGAAAGAACAACCAAUACCAUACAAAGAAGACAUUUUAUCUAUCGAUAUAAUUGAACAUGGCAAUAAAGCGAAGAUUCAAGAUAGAGAGAAAUCAUUGUUUAGCCCGCAUACUUUGAAACAAGUUUCCAGGAUGUUGAAUGAGUAUUCAGAUCCAUACGAUACAUUGAAAUUAUUCAAAUCAAACCCAACAACGACAAGGGGCAAACAUGAUCUUACUUCAAAUCUACAUGGGCAUGUUAAUGCGACACCAGAAAUAAAUCAAUUUGAAGAGUGUGAUUUGAACAUCGAACAAAACCAGCUAUCUAAUACAUUGGAAAUUGAACUUACAACUGACAAACUGAGUGAAACAAAUUUGAUGGGAAAUAAUGAGAAUGAUGGAGUUAUGGAUUUUGCGUACUCGAAAAUUGAUGACAAAAACAACUGUGGUGUGAACUUGCGAGAUAAAGGCAUCCAUGAAGAAAGACGUACGUGCAGUAAAUCAAUCAGCGAUCGUAGCGAUCCAUUACACCAAUAUUUGGAAGGGGGCAAUGAUCUGUUUGAGGAAACUAAUUCGUUGGUUCAACAAUUAAGCGUAACUGAUUUACCCUUGUCGAACAAAUUCAAGAAGGCAUUAGAUGAUACAAUACUCAGUGUAUCUCCAUAUUUAACAUUUUCGAUACCCUACUUAGAAACAGAACCCGGACGGAAUUGUGUAUUACGAAAAUUUUUCUCCAAAGAAAUAUACCACUCUUCUCAAUUCUCAGACAAGGUUGAAGGAGUCAGGUCAAACAGUAUUUCCACAGAAAGUGGUCGUCAAGACGACCGAAUGUCGAAUCUAAACUUGAAACCGCGGCAUGAUUUCGUUGGGACAAAAAUUACAACUUGCGCCGACAGUCGUGGUAUUCAAGCACUUCUGGCUAAUUUUAGAGCAUGUGGAAGUCGAAUCUACGCAACCAACAAUGUCCUGUUGGAAUCAACUCCACUCACAGUCACACAGAAUGAGGGAACCGAUCAGCCUACAAGACAUCUUGAUUGCUUGAAUCCCUUAACACAUCAACGACUGUCUGUUUUAUUCUGUAGUUUUUCUCACAGCAGCAACAAUGCACCCGCAUUUUGUGUGAAUCCCUCUGUAGUAAACAUGGAUUUAUAUGGGAGGAACGAUAUUGCUCUCGGUCUUUUUCUCGAACGGUACUGUCUAACGACCGAAUACAAGUGCCCAGCACAAGCGUGCAGAGCACAAAUUUCUCAACAUGCGCGAAGAUUUGCUCACGACGGUGGCUGCGUACACAUUGGCCUCAGUAAAUUGGGCAGUCAAUCAUUCAAUCAGAAAAAUACUGACAGAAUCUUGAUGUGGAGCAAAUGUAGCAAAUGUAAAGGCGUAUCACCAGUUGUUCCAAUGUCAGAUGAUACAUGGUCGCUGUCGUUUGCAAAGUAUUUAGAACUUCGAUUUCAUGGUGGCAUUUAUACUAGGCGGGGAACCGAUUCCUGUAAACAUUCGCUUCACCAUGAUCACUGUCAGUACUUCAGCAGGAAAAAUAUGGUAGCCAUUUUCAGGUAUACCCGUAUAUCUCAAUGGGAAAUUUCCUUGCCUCCUCCACUGAUAACAAUUAACUAUGAUCCAAAACAGCACAAUGACGUGAUCGAAGAAGUGAAAAAUGUGGCAUUGAAGGGAGAUGAAGUCUUCUCUAACAUUCGAGAUAAAUUGGUGACGUUAUCUAUUGAUACAGAAAUUUUGAAUACCAUGAAACAACAGCUUUUCAAAGACCAGCAAUACUUCAAAAACAAAAUUGAAGAAAUUCAAUUGAAGCUCACCUCGCCGACAUUGGAAAACAAAAAGUUGGAGGGCAAGAAUUCCGAAAAAAUCGUUCAAUCAUUAAUGUCUAGGAUCGAAGAUGGCAUUGUCAUUUUGAAGAGACUAAUAUCGGAGGCAGUUUUUGGAUGGAAUAACCGAAUACUCGAAGUUACCACAAAAAAAAAAGACGACAAACAUAGAAGGUUAACGGAGCGAUCCAUGACAACUGGAAACAGCAGCUUCAUCGAUACCGAUAGCUACAUAACUGAGGACAUACCCGCCGACUCCCACGUAGAAAGCCCGGUGUUAACUGACUACGUUGCUAUUGAUGCGACAUCGGCAGCACAUGCCGACUUACAUGGUGAUUCGGUGGAAUACUCUGAAAGCGAAACUCUAGAUAGUAACAAUCCAGAGGAGAUUGUAGUGAUCCAAGGAUCACCCAAGAACCAUCACAGGUCAUAUUCUGACGUGCUACCGCUGGCCUCCGAUGAUGUUCCAGACAAAAAAAGAAAGAGAAAAACAAUACUGUCACAGUUGUUGCCAUCUGUACCCAUUAACAACCCGAUAAAUUGUCCGCUAAAUGCACUUGAACAUCAUUCGCUCUCAUUGGGGUCUGUGGUACCAAUCGUUGUUUAUGAAUCAGAACCUUCAUCCAUAAUUGCGUACGCACUAGAUUCUCUCGACUACAAGCACAAGCUGCAAGAAUUAUUACGCUCUACUAAAGGCUCAGAAUCGAAUCCUAGUCCCUUGAAUAGACGAAAAUUCUCUGAUAACAAAGAAAGUACAUCUGACUUGGCUCAAUCAAUGGAAUCGAAACGGCCGUCGGUUCUUUUUUUUCUACGAGGUGGUAGUCCCAACUUUCCCAGUCCUGUUGAAUCUGAAAAACAUCUGAUAUCAGUGGAUAUCCCACAACAAAAUUCUGUGAAUGCACUUGAUUCAGAGGAAGAUAAAAAAGCUGCCAAGCAGCAAAAUUAUAUCGAAGUGCAGUUCAACGACGACACUACAAAUUUUUUUUGUAGAAUUUAUUUUGCCCCACAAUUUGCUGCCUUGCGAGAAAAUGUUUUACCUUGUGGGGAAGAUGGCUUUACUAGAAGUCUAAGCCGAAGUGUCCAAUGGGUCGCUAAAGGUGGUAAAAGCGGGAGCUCUUUUUGUAAGACUAGAGAUGACAGGUUCAUAUUGAAGGAAAUGUCUCGUCUCGAAAUGCAAAUAUUUUUGGAUUUUGCACCCAACUAUUUUUCUUACUUAGACAAGUGUCAACAGACAAAGCAGCCCACAUUACUCGGAAAAAUUAUUGGCGUGUACAGAGUGUCGUUCAAAAAUGUUACGACCAAUGCUGCGCUAAGAACCAGCCUAUUAGUAAUGGAGAACUUGUUUUAUAACAGAAUUAUUAAAGAUAAAUUCGACUUGAAGGGUUCUAUGCGAAAUAGAUUGGUAAACCGGGAAGAGACCGAUCAUGAGGGAGAAAUCGUUUUGCUGGAUGAAAACUUAUUGAAUAUGAGCUGUGAUUCUCCAUUAUAUAUAAGACCUCACGCUAAGGCAGUAUUAAAUAAAGCUAUAGAAAUGGAUACAAAAUUUUUGUCCGACAAUUCAGUUAUGGAUUAUUCAUUGUUGGUAGGUUUGGAACCAAGCACCGAUGAACUUGUGCUAGGAAUUAUUGAUUACAUAAGAACUUUCACAUGGGACAAAAAACUCGAAACAAUGGUUAAAAAGUCUGGUAUUUUGGGAGGCCAAGGAAAAUUACCCACAAUAGUAUCACCGGAAGAGUAUCGAGAAAGAUUUAUAGCAGCAAUGCAUCGUUAUUUUUUACCGGUUCCAGACAGGUGGACUGGAUUGGGUCAAGGUGUAGAAUCCUGCUAAGGUUCACCUAAAUAGUUAUUAUUUGGCGUCGAUUGUCAGUGCUCUACAUCGUUGAAAUAAUGUGCAAAAGAGUUCUACUUUUCGUGGUACUCAAGCCCUUAUAAGAUACCUAUGCCAACUAUACUGAGUGUCUCAUUUUAAUCUAUCCCGGCCGAUGUUUUUGAAACUAAGCAUGAUACGAGAAGAAGUUUGGUGUAAAAUAUUUAGGGUUCAACAGGGGAAAAAACUUGACGCCAUCCAAUUUUUCCUCAAGUGACCUUUUAAAGGUCAAAUUAAGGUCGACUCGGUUUUUUCAAACAGAAUGACACAUUUUUUUCGUCGGAAUCUGAAAGAGCAUCAAAUUUUGCGCCAAAAAGUAUCUACACACAUAUGGCCUAUGACCUAAAGUUGAUGAGUAAUUGGGUAGAGCCGGUCGAAAAAGCAUGCUUACACGUGGGGCCGCUGUCUCACUGGUGUACCAUAGAUACUUGUACGCUGGCGGGCGCUGCACCACACCGCGCUGCGCGGCCCCAAGUACAGCACGCUUUUUCGAGUUCUAGAGGAGUCAUAGGAGCCUAGAAUUACGAUUAGCAUUCAUAAGUCAUAUUUAUACCAAUCAAUAGAUAAAUAGUAGUUGUACGCUGCAUAUAGCCGAUAUUUGUCGGUAAAAUUCUUUAUUUGUAAACUCGAUGAACAUUAUUUGAAAACUUUGGUAGAAAAUAAUGUGAAAUAUGUCACAUUGUCAUUCUGUAAUCAUUAUGGUGCGUCACAAACAUGAAUUCAAUUGAUGUAUUUUAUCCCGCCAUCCAGUA